CCGAAACACGGACAAGUUGUUGGAGACAGUCACAGGAACCCGAUUGGCUGCUUUACGCCCAUUAGUUUCUAUAGCAACCAAACAGCGCGUCCUAUCAAUAGGCUGUAGAUCUACGCAUUAAUAACAUUACUCUGCUUUACUACGUAUCAGAGGACGAAGAGUCAGCACGAGCUUCAGUUCCCCCACAAUGACGAUUCUAACCUCAGAAAGUGGUAUAAGUGAAGAGGUGACCGUCAGGAGGACAGAGUCUCUUGAUGUCAGUGACAUCUCCAAUCUUAAAACUGUCUCCACUCAGCAAGUGUUUGGAAAUGUGAAUGUCAUAUACUUACUUGAAAAGUCCAACCUGGCAGUGACCAUCAGUGAUGAGAAGAACAAUGUUAUAGCUCAUGCUUCUUUCCUGGACUAUCCCAAUUGGGAUGUGACAGACCAAGCAGAAUGGGAAGAUUGGAUGUAUAAAAACUACCAAGAGACUGACAAAUGCACACCUUUGAACACUUUAUUUUUACAUCUUUUUGUGUCAGAAGAUGAAUUUUCAUUACAAAGCAUCAAAGAGAUCAUGAGAGCCGUGUUUAAGGCAGUUGCUGAUCUCCAUUUUAUAUGUCUAGUCACUCCACAUAAGGUUACUUUAACUCCGGCCUUAGCUUCUGUAUUUGAACCUGUCAGAUACACUCCAGGAUCAAGGUUUACUGAGGAGUUUUCUAUGUACAUUUGUCACAGACACAAGCACUGCCCCCAGCUCCAUAUUCGGAAAGCCAGGGUAGAAGAUCAUGAUGACCUCAUACCAAUUUUUCUGCGCCACAAUGAUACCCUGAAAUCCACUUAUGGAGAAUAUUUUCUGGCAGAACUUAUCAAUGCGCAGGAUGAGCACAACCAUGCCGUUGUUUGUGAGGACCAAGGCUGUGCUGUGGGGUUCAUGAGUGUGUGUUCUGAGGUCAAUGUCAAGCUUUUGCAAGAUUCAUUCGAUCUGGGACCUUUCCAUGGUUUGUGUAAACCGCAUCCCGAUGAUAUUCUUCAAAAACCACAUCCCGAUGAUGUUCUUCAAGCAACAGAGGAACCAGGUUCUGUAGAAGGAGAUCUAAUGCUAAGCAGACAAGCAAGUCAAAGGUCAGGAUCCAAAUUAUCCCAGCUGUCAGACGUCAUUAGUGUGCCGGAGACAGAUAAGAAGGAGAAAGGAACACUGAGCAGAGCUUCCAGUACAGAUGAUGCCAUCAGAGGUGUAAAUUGCAAGACCCCAGAGACACCAAGCACAGAAGUAGAGAGGCAGCCCUUCCGCCCUGUAUACAAAGGAGAUGUCACUGCCUUCUGCAUACAGCUGUUUUGCAUUGAUGAAAAGCAUGAAACAAGGUCCUUUGAUUUUUUGAGUCACAUCUUCGGUCUGUUUCCUGAUAAAGACUUCUGCAUCAUCACGGUUCCUCACCUCACCCCUGAAUUUCCUCUGCUUCAGAGCUUUGUGCGAGCCGUGCCUCUGAGUACAUGCACUUUGCCUCAGGAGCUUUAUAUUUUCCACCGUGCUGGCUUGAUCAACUUGUUACGGGUGAGGGCAGCAAAGUCUAGUGAUGUACCAGCAGUUGAAAAACUAAUAGAAAGCCUACACCUCCAUGACAGCAUAUUGGAUGACCUAAGAAUCUACAAUGAAGCACGAAGGGAUGCUGAUGGGACACCUGUGCAGGCAUUUGUUGCUGAAGUGGCUGACCAGAUUGUUGGCAUUGCGAUCAUGAGAAAUGAAGAGGACAUUGAGUACAUUCGGUCACACUACAACAUUGAGGAUUUUAUCUACUUCAAUCAUCAUCAGCGGGAUGAGCACGGUCAUUUCCACCAUUAUGCUCUAAAUCCAAUAUUUAAACUGUACAGCAAGCAUUUCCUGAAAGAGAUUCUCCGCUUAUCCCACAAGUCUUCUUUAUAUUACCCAGUAUACCCUCCGUAUGACCAAAAUCAGUUUAAGAAUCCCUGCGCCCAUUCACUGACAUCUGCCCUUCAUUACAUGGUUCCCGUGCGACCAAGGCGACAGAUUGUCUAUCCUCUGGAAAAGCUUGGCAUAAACGCUCCAUCAAAGCAAGUCUCCAAGGAUCAGCCAGCUUAUGCUUUGUACCAUAUCAAUCGGAAGCUUACCUUGGAGCCAAAAGUAACCAUCAAUGCCCGUAUUGUGGUGGUGGGUGCAUCAGAUGUUGGAAUAUCUUUCCUAGAAACACUUGUUUUUUGCCCACAUCUUAAAUUCAACAAUAUCACUUUGAUAUCAACCCAUGGUCUUCCUGGAAAUAAUGGUUGUAUGGAUCAAUCGUUGCUUGCCAGCAGCCACUAUUAUAAUGAUAAAGAUUAUGCACUGAUGUCACUUCGAUCCUGGGUUAAUGUUGUGGUUGGUAAAAUGACUGGCAUCGACCGAGCUGCCAAGUUUGUGAUUGUUUCCAAUGAUAGAAAAGUACCAUAUGACCAUCUAAUUCUUUGCACUGGGCAGCAGUACCAGGUCCCUUGCCCCAGCGGAGCUGAUAUUAACAAACUUUUAACUAACCAAGAUAUCCCAGAUUGCUCCAAACAGAUAUAUACAGGGAAAAUUCCUUCCAAUUUAUUCACCCUAAAUGACGGCAAAGACUGCAUAACGGCAAUUAAUUGGUUGAAAGACAAUGUGGUGAACCAAAAAGGAAACCUGAUUGUAUAUGGGAACACGCUUGAUAGUUACACCACAGUUGCUACCUUCAUGUCACUGGGAAUUUGCGGGUCCCGAAUUCAUUUUGUACAGCCUCCUCUUACAUCAAAUGUCACUUGCUUUAACAAUUAUGCCAUAGAGGAAGCUGUGCACAAAGGCUUAUUGUCAGCCGGGGUUACAACCUACUACAACUGUAAGCUGGCGCAGUGGAAUGAUGGUGCCGAUCCAGACCCGAUAUAUUGUGCAUCAUUCACUACUGAUUCAAAACCACUUAAACUCUCAUGCACUGCAUUCUUCAAUUUCUUUGACAAGAAAGUGGACUAUGAUGCCUUCAAAGCAAUGAACAGUGCCUGUCUGGUAUAUGAUGGAAGGCUGGUUAUUGAUACAACAUUUCACACAAAUGAUUCUUCCAUAAGAGCAGCCGGACCACUGACAAAGUACUCCAGUAAAUAUUAUGUGAAUGAGUGGUCUCACAGCAACUUCAGCUCCAAGGAGAUAGGCGUUCAGCUGGCUGCUGCCAUGCUUCCUCUUUUCGACCCAACACUUGAACCUAUGAGUGAACCAUUGCAAGAGUGUGACAGACUCAUCCCAAUCUAUAAAGGACCUACCAUUCAAGGUGGUCUGGUUCCUGGUGGUUAUUACUAUUUACAUGUCGCCAAACCUGCAAUUCCAUCUCCUUUACAAGCUCAGAUGGUACAGCCAAAUCAUGGGCAAGAAAUCAUAACUGGCAAAGCACUGAAUGGAGAUUAUUUCCGGUUGCACAUCAAUCAGUACAGUAUGGUAGAAGCAAUAACCUGUUUAUCUCUAAAGCCAAUUCCUACAUCCAAUCUCAUAUGUCUCUAUGGCCAACAUGAGCGGCUUCUAAAAAACUUGUGCUCUCGUUUUAAAGAAGGACUCGUCCAAGAUCUCUACAGCUACUUCAUGGAAGCGUGGUGCAUGGCCGUCUAUCACGAUCGCUUUAUUGAUUUCCGGCAAGAGGUGCGCGAAAUCCUAGAAUCCAAGAAAGUGCAUGACCAGCCUUCCAUGAAGGAAUUAGUGCAGAAGGUCACAGGGGAUGAACUGAAUCUUGCGGAAACCCCCCAAAAAUACCUCAGACGCGUCCUGGAGCAGAAUGGAUACAAACAAGACAUAGAGAAGAGAAUCCUGAACUACCUUCAUUUCAACAGCAACCACUUGUCCAUGUUUGCCAGGCCUGGGAUUGUAUAGGUCUUGGGAACUUACUGGAUACUCAACAGAGUGCACUGUGCAUGUCAUCCUGCAGGGGGAGCUGCUGUCUGCACCACUGUAUAGGAAACUACUUAUAAAUAAACAUAAAUGUAUGUU